AAAGAUAUCAAAACAACCCCAUUAUGAAGCAACAGCAAGCUUAUUUCACGCAGCCAUCAGACACACCUAACAACUGAUCCUGUCACAUCUUUUGGCUGCAAACAGUUGAGUGUGCCAGCUGGUGUUACUCCAAGGUGAGCUGAGAAUGUAAACAGACCAGAGUGGCCAGUAUAGCUUCAUAACCCUGUAAAGCUGAUUCAGCAGCUAAGUGUCAACUGUGAAAAACUGAGUUCCCAAAAACUUAAAAUAUGUCUAUAAACUUAUUUUUAUUAUGCAUCUGAUGACAGCCGGGAUUCUAUGUUUGCUAAAACGGCUAAACUAGUUCUGUUUGCGUCUGAAAACAUCCCUAAACAUAUUCAUUUAUUCCUUCAUGUUCUUUUUUAGAAUCUUGUAUAUUUUUGCGAAUCUCUGUCCAUAACAGCCACUUGAAAUGGUGUCCCUCAGGCUAUGGUAUGGCAAGUAUCAACACUUUGCCAUUACUAAUUAACGCCCACGGUUCACUGAACAAAAAAGUUAUUAUACUCUGCCUUGAUCCCAAAUAAAGUAAUUCCACACCAGCUACAACACCCCUUCAGUUUAAGAUCACGUCAGUCUCUCCUCCAGCCGAGCAGGUUACACGGUGGCUCUCUGUGCUCGCAGGUGACUCCCGGGCUGCGGAGACGCGCUCUGUGGAUCCAAGGAAACACCGAAGGUUUUUCUCUGCGCUCUGGCAUUAAAGUUUACUCAUGUUCAGGGAAAAGGGCAGGAAUUAGUUCGCUAUAGAGGUCCGUGAGAGGAGCCCCGGUGAUCUCAGUCUGCUUACACGCCUCCCACUCGGCUUCCUAUAUUGUCUUCUUGUCUGUUUCAACGCGCUAAUCUCUUCAAACUUGAGGACAGCAUGACAGGAGGACUGAAAGACGGCGAAGCAGACGAGGAGUUUUUGCAUUCGCCGUUCAUCCGAAAGCAAGGGAACAUAUACAAACCCAACAAUAAAGACAUGGACAACGACAGUCUGAACGAGAAGACGAUGGAGGAUGUCCACACCAAAGAGAUCGACCUGGUCAACCGGGAUCCCAAGCACAUAAACGACGACGUUGUCAAGGUGGACUUUGAAGAUGUGAUCGCAGAGCCUGCAGGGACCUACAGCUUCGAUGGUGUGUGGAAAGCCAGCUUCACCACUUUCACCGUCACCAAGUACUGGUGCUACCGGCUGCUGACAGCGCUGGUCGGCAUCCCCUUGGCGGUGAUCUGGGGAAUCUUCUUCGCCAUCCUGUCCUUCCUGCACAUUUGGGCCGUGGUGCCGUGCGUCAAGAGCUACCUGAUCGAGAUCCACUGCGUCAGUCGCGUCUACUCCAUCUGCGUGCACACCUUCUGCGACCCGCUGUUCGAGGCCAUGGGCAAGUGCUUCAGCAGCAUCCGAAUCCGCAUGACCAAGGAGGUGUAGCAUCCAAAAUCAGGAGGAGGAGUAUUAACGGAAAGAGGGGAGGGAGGAUGGAAGGGCAGGAGCAACGCAGAUGGAGGGAAAAGACAGAACAAGAAAACAAAGAAGAAAAAAAAACCUCUGGAAAACGAGAGGUGAGACUUUUCCAGAGCGAGGCAGGGGGAUGUUUGGAGGCGUGGUGUGGUCACAUGGCGCCUCUGCCCGCCUUUUUCCACCAGCUGUUUUUUCUCUUCUCUUUUGGCGUAACCAAAUGGGUGGGUACAGGAAAUCAAAGGGUGAUUCUCCCGGGUUUUUGUUGUUGUUCUGUUUGUGUUCUCUAGUUUUUUUGUUUUUUUUUUUAUUCCUCACUGUGUCAAGCAGGCAACCGAGCUCUGUAUGUUAUUGUUAGUUUCGUCACAUUAUGUAAAUUCCUUCCAUUCUUACUGUGUUUUCAGAGAGCUCCUCACACUGAUUGAUUGGUGUGGAGAGGGCAUGUCAGGGUGCUCUACUGUCACCUCUCGCGCUUGUUUGUGUUUGUUUUGUUGUGUUUUUUUUUUUGGAGCCGUGGGGCGGGAUGGUGGGCUGUCGGGGUUGUGGGGGUCAACACAGAGAGAAAGAGUGAGCACUGCCAAAUUAUGUCUGACUCAGCAAAAACAAAACAGCACAGCACCCUCUCUCCCGCUGCACCACACGACCUCCCGCCCACCAAAAAAAAGCCGCCUCCCUCUCCUCCCCUCCCCCCCCAGCCCUCCCCUCUUUGCCCUGCUCUCCAGCAGUCUGACACACUGAACCUGCCCUCGUUCCUGCAUGCACCUACGUCGCCUCGCCAGCAACUCGCCGUCCGCCACACCCACCACGCUGCCCAGUGACAAUCUGCGUCUCGGCUCACUCGCUCUCUGCACCACCUUCUUACUUCACCUCAGUUGUUUUUUUUUUACAGGUUUCUCACCUUCAUACCUAAAUGAGUGUGUGACAAGAGAAUGUUAGUAUUUGAAUUUUACAAUCCUGUUCUUUUUUCUUUUUUUUUUUAACUCCAUCCUGAGUUUUGUAGACAAAUUUAGACCUUUUAUUUUUCACUGAAGCUCAAUACUUUUAAAUGCACAUCAUCAUAGUUCCAUAGUGAAAGCUUUUUUUUCCCGACACUAUGAAUAUGAAGAACUUAAGGAGUUGAUUUCAAUGCUAUUGUUUUCAUAUCCUGUAUGUACUGUAUGGGUGCUUUAUGCAGAAAAUAAGAAAUCUCUGGCCUCCUUCCAGUGCACUAAUCUAAUGGAAAGUAUUGCUAGUGACUAGUGCUGAUAAAAAUCUCCUUUUUUUUUAUAUUUGCAAAGGUCGUAGAGUACUAGCAGUGCGUUUGCACACUUUGCACGCAGACUGUGCAUCUAUAAGCUUGUGUGGAGAUUUUUUUUGCACACUGUGGUACUUACACAGGUUAAUGCAUUGGAAUUAAGACAAUAUGAGGUGGAAUGUGUGAUUUUGGAUGCAUUUUUAUUUGUUACCUGGACAUAAUUUUGCACCCUCCUCUAGCUUUUGUCUUUUUAAGUUUUGUUCUGCUGCCCUACUUCUUGUACUGUGGACCUGAUGUAGAGAAGCAUCAAUAUGACAGCUCCAACCCCAAGAUCCAGGGAUGGGUGGGGUUUCUGGGUGGGGUGGGGAUGCAUUAUUGAGACACUAAACUCGCUUUGACUCUGUCACCUUCAGUCUACCUGCUGUCUUCUCAGAGGGAUGGUAAUAUCUUAGCACCUGUUUCUUGAAAUGAGUUUUUUAAGCUCUGAAGGUGAUAUUUUUAUAAGAUGAUUUUCCUUCCUUGCUUUUACUGUAUAAUAUCACGCUGUGCACAUUAAAAUUUAAUAUAAUCCAUUG